UGCUCAUCUCUCACUGCAGCUGCAGCAACAAGCCGAGGAAAAGGAAGUGAGGGCCAUGCGAAACUUUCUAGUAACGAGUUUCACUAAUUUUGUCAGCGCUUAGUUUAGUUUCGGCCGAAUUAUUCGACGGUCGCUGAUGCUCCAAUUCGCUCGCGCAAUCUGCUGAGCAGCUCUUUUUGGCGCGGCACACUCGUGUUUUACUGCCUGCAUACGGCUGCUGUAGAUAUUGAGGAUUAAUUUUAACCAAAAAGAAGAAGAAGAAGCGGCUUGCUGCGUCAAAAAAUGGAAUACUAUGCUGUACCUCACGUAUGCCCCAUUGACGGUGGAGGCUUCACCCCUGGAAAAUUAAUUAAAUUACACGGUUCGUCCCCACCAACAGCUACAAGGUUUGCGCUCAAUAUACAAGCAGGACCGAAUCUGAAUCCCAGAGACGACAUCGUCCUCCAUAUCAGUGCGAUUUUUACAGAAAACGUUGUUUCUCGCGCCUCUUAUCAGUCAGGAAUGUGGGGCCCUGAAGAAAGAACUCCCACACUGCCCUUCGCCAGGGCACAGCCGUUUGAGAUUAUUGUCAUGUGUGAUAAUGACUGUUUUAAGAUUGCAAUCAAUGGCCAGCACUUUACCGAAUUUAUCCACCGAAUGCCAUUCCAAAAGGCAACACACAUCGUUGUGGAAGGGGACAUUACCAUCAGCAGAAUUUCGUGGGAGGGUGGAUUUGGCGGCGCCCCAGGUGGCGCGCAGCCACCCGCCUUUGCCCCCAGCGCUGCAGGUUCCCCAUACCCAGUGGCUCCAGUUCCAAUACCUCCAUACUCAGGUGGUGGCUACGUGCCGCCUCCACCCCCACCAGCUGGAUACAACGGCAUACCUCCGCAACCUGCAUAUGGAGCACCCUACGGAGGUCAGCCAGGUUACGGCCCGCCACCUCCAGCCCCUGGUUACGGAGGGCAGCAGCCACCUUACGGGCAGCCAGGUUACGGACAACCAGGGUAUGGUCAGCCGGGAUAUGCUCAGCAAGGAUACGGCCAGCCCGGAUACGGCCAACCCGGCUACGGCCAGCCCGGAUAUGGCCAACCCGGCUACGGUCCUCCCCCGCCACCAGGAUAUAAUGCUUCUCACCAGGAGAAUGACCUUGGUAGUUUAUUGAGCAAAGCAGGGGAGGCAAUAUUCGGGUUCACUGAUAAGAAUAGAGGCGCUUCAGGGCAGAAAGACUCAGGACUGAUGGGCAAAGUUGGAGGAAUUUUAGGAGCAGGUGCCGGCGCGGCUGUCCUCGGUAGUGUGCUGGGCAAGAAAGCCAAGUACAUUCCCGGCAUGUCUCACGGUGGCGUCGGUGGCGGCGGCGGAGGUGGCAUGCUAGGAAAAGUUGGUACUGCCCUGGGUCUGGGCGCUGGAGCUACUGCCUUGGGAGGAGCAGCGAUCGCAGGGAAAAAGCACAAGAAGUCGAAAGCGCUAAAAUACGGCUUGCCCAUUGCGGGUCUCGGGCUCGGAGCUUACGGGGCGAGCAAAAUGGUCAAAGGGUUCCACGGCGGCAGCUCGUCCAGUUCUUCCAGCAGCGAGGAGGAGUAAAUUAUGUAAAAAAAAUUAUGUUUAAAACGGUUGUCUCUUCGUCUUAAACUCACAAACCAGAGUUACUUCCUAAUUAUGACGAGUCUUGUAAUGAAAGAUCUGAUCUUUUCCUGAACAAAUACUAUUCACUUUUACUGCUAAAAUAUAUUUUUAAUAUGCUAUACACGCCCACUUGUUGUAACGCAAUUUUAACUUUUCCCUUUUAUGAUCAAAGUAGUUCUGAUUUUUCCUUAUUUGUUAAAAAAAAAAAAUGUAAGAUCUUGAUUAAUUUAUUAAUUCACCCUCUCAUUUUAACUGUGUCAAAAUGCACCUUAUAUCGUAAUAAAAUGCCUAAUGUUCAAAUA